AUGGCUUAUGUCAAUAAAUCAAACACUGAAACUCUCAAGAAAUAUCUCGCUCUCGAUCAAGGCGGAAAAAUCCAGGCUGAAUACAUUUGGAUUGACGGUGAUGGAGGUAUUCGUGGCAAGACGACCACUCUGGAUAAGUACCCCGAAGAUGUCAGUGAAUUGAAAGAAUGGAAUUACGAUGGUUCCUCAACUAAUCAGGCUCCCGGCGACAACUCCGAUGUUUUACUUCGUCCGGCUGCCUUCUUCAAGGAUCCAUUCCGUGGCGGAAAUAAUAUUAUUGUGUUGAACGAGUGUUGGAAUAACGAUGGUACUCCAAAUAGGACAAAUUACCGACACAGUUGUGCAAAGGUGAUGGAUACUUUUGCUGAAGCUAUUCCCUGGUUUGGCAUUGAACAAGAAUAUACCUUGUUUGAUACUGAUGGACAAGUACUCGGCUGGCCAAAAGGUGGUUUUCCUGGCCCACAAGGACCUUAUUAUUGCUCAGUAGGUGCAAGUAAUGCUUUCGGACGUGAUAUCGUCGAAGCGCAUUAUCGUGCUUGUCUUUACGCUGGUAUUAAAAUAUCCGGUGUCAAUGCAGAAGUUAUGCCUGGGCAAUGGGAGUUCCAAGUUGGACCAUGUGUAGGUAUUGAAAUGGGAGAUCAUUUAUGGGUCUCACGAUAUCUAUUACACCGAGUGGCAGAAGACUUUGGGGUGGUCGUUUCCUUCCACCCAAAACCAAUACCAGGUGAUUGGAAUGGCGCCGGUUGUCAUACAAAUUAUUCCACAUUGGCUAUGCGUGAAGAAGGAGGUAUAAAAGCAAUUCACGAAGCAAUUGAAAAGAUGGCGGAAAAACAUGCAGAUCAUAUUGCUGUUUACGGAGAAGAUAAUGAUAAAAGACUGACGGGCCAUCAUGAAACUGGUCACAUAUCACAAUUCUCGUCAGGUGUUGCUAAUCGUGGAGCAUCAAUUCGAAUUCCAAGACAUGUCGCCGCGGAAGGUAAAGGCUAUUUAGAAGAUCGUCGGCCAGCGUCCAACAUCGAUCCGUAUCGUGUUACAGAAAUCAUAGUAACCUCUUCUCUCUCAUAA